AUGGUCGAGACCAAGAAGGAGUUCAUUGAGCGCGAGGAGCGCCGUCGCGCGAUCGCAGCCCUUAAGCGGAAAUCCGCGAUUGAGGGUAUAAAGGCAGUCCAUGUCAUGAUACCGCGCGCGAAUUCCGAUCCAGACUUCGUCGCCGAAUUCGUUUUAAAUGUCGACGGGUUAGAUACUGUGUGGUCUCAGUAUAAAGCGGAAGAUAACACGUUAUUAGAAUGCCUUGUUAACGUAGGUAAAGAAAGUGAAUAUGCUCCCGGACAAUCGGGUGAAUUACGUAUUAUUAUCGUAUUCCGCGAACGUCCUUCGUCCGGCUCGUACGGCGCCCACCCUGGGCCGAAACGUCGAUAA